CUGGACGGGUGGAGGCUUAAGGCGGAAUCCAAGUUAGGUGUAGCUCUACCGAGCCCUUUUAAGUCUAAUUGGGUUUAGCUCCCUUGACGCCCAUUAACGCGCUGCGACGAGAUCUCGCGUCUCUGAAAAGAAGCUCCAUCCGCAAACCGCAGAGCUCUCUCCGCCGAUCCUGUGUUAUACAACAGCGUCGCCUUUUGCUCCUUCGGUCAUUCGAUAAUCGAUCAAGACACAACUCUAAAUAUGGAACCCUAUGAUGACGGUUUCAUUGAAGAGCAGGAGGAGCAAGAGGAGGAGCGCACCGAGGAGAAGAUCAUUAACGAAGAAUACAAAACAUGGAAAAAGAACGCUCCGUUCCUUUACGACAUGAUCCUCAGCACGGCAUUAGAGUGGCCGACUCUUACAACACAAUGGUUGCCUGACAAGCAAGAAGUCCCAGACAAACCAUACUCAACCCACCGCCUGCUCCUCGGUACUCACACGUCCAGCGACGCACAAAACUAUCUUCAGAUCGCUCAAAUCCAGUUACCUAACCCUAAUGCUCCUAAUCCCGAUGACUAUGAUGAGGAACGUGGAGAGAUCGGCGGUUAUGGCGGCAGCUCCAAGAAAGCUCCUAUGGAGAUCAAGUUCAACAUUGUGCAGAAGAUCGACCACAAGGGCGAGGUCAACAAAGCACGCUAUCAACCACAGAACCCCAACAUAAUUGCCACGAUGUGUACGGAUGGGAGAGUCAUGGUCUGGGACCGCUCAAAACACCCCAGUCUCCCCACAGGAACAGUGAACCCCGAGAUGGAGCUGCUUGGCCAUGAGCGGGAAGGGUUCGGUCUCAGCUGGAGUCCACAUGUUGCAGGUCACCUGGCUACAGGAAGCGAGGACAAGACUGUGCGCCUCUGGGAUCUCAACACAUACACCAAAAGCAACAAGGCCCUGAAGCCCGUCCGAACCUAUACCCACCAUCAGUCCAUUGUCAAUGACGUUCAGCACCAUCCUCUUCACUCAUCCCUUAUUGGAACUGUGUCUGAUGAUAUCACUUUACAAAUUCUGGACACGCGGAUGCCGGACAACAAUCGCUCAGCGGCAUCGGCCACAGGCCAACAUCGUGACGCUAUCAAUGCUCUUGCUUUCAACCCUGCCGCUGAGACCGUCCUAGCCACUGGUUCUGCUGAUAAGACCAUCGGCUUAUGGGAUCUACGUAACCUGAACACCAAGCUCCAUACUCUCGAAAAUCACACCGACUCUGUCACAUCAAUCUCGUGGCAUCCGUUUGAGGAAGCCGUGCUGGCCAGCGCAAGCUAUGAUCGCAAGAUCAUGUUCUGGGACCUCAGCCGGGCGGGCGAAGAGCAAAGCCCUGAAGAUGCCCAGGAUGGGCCACCUGAGCUUCUGUUCAUGCACGGUGGUCACACCAAUCGUAUCUCUGACUUCAGCUGGAACCUCAAUGACCCCUGGGUACUCUGCUCUGCCGCAGAGGACAAUCUUCUGCAAGUAUGGAAGGUUGCCGAUGCAAUCGUGGGUAAGGAUAUGGAAGAUGUGCCGACCGAGGAGUUGGAGCCUUGAUUUAAUCUAGCGUCCGGCGAAGAAUUCUUUCUCGUUCAAACUUGCCUUGCAGAAAUAUGAUUUCUGGUGAAAUAUCUCAUGGCCCUUUUACCUUCCCAUCACUUUCCACUGUGAGAAGCACAUCAUAAUACCAAACCUCACUCGGUGAAAUCAACUACUCGGAUACAAUCUUCAUCGUCUCUUACAAUUUCAAGCCGCUUUGAAGAUAUUUAAGCUAGUUUUAGUACUAGUAGCAGAAUCUCUUACACUCC